AUGCAAAAAUCGAAAAAAGAUGCAAGCGAAGGCAUUACUGUAGCUGGGGGUAAUGGAAAAUGUUCAGCUGAUAAUCAACUCUUUAAUUCAUGGGAUGUUGAAGUCGAUCAAUAUAACAAUGUCUACGUCAUUCACACCGACAAUAAUCGAAUCCAAAAAUGGAGUCCUAAUGUCAUCAGUGGCGUCACCGUCGUCGGCGGCAAUGGAUGGGGCGAUGGCAUUGGUCAAUUCAAAUCUGCUAUUAGUGUAGGACUGAAUAAACAAGGAAAAAUGUAUGUUAGCGAGCAAAGAAAUCAUCGAAUUCAACGACUCGACAUGAAACCAGAAAUGAAUAAUUGUUAA